GGUCGGUCUAAAAAUGGAGGAUAUUAGGGGGAAGGCAGCCAUUAACAAACCGCUGUCAAAGCAACACAUUUUACACACACUCACCACUUGGUUACAGUUUUCGCGUACGUUCACUUCGUUUCUCUCUGCAAUUUUUCUUUCUUUUCCUCUCAUAAAACCCACUCCCAGAACUCCCAAUUCCUCCAUCCAACAUUCUUCUUAUGGAUUCUGAUCGAUUUCUCUCCUCCUUCACUCCCACCGCCGACCCACUUCGCCGGAAUUCCCUCCGCCGCCCUGCUUUCCGGCGAUUGCUUCCGAUUCCGGCUCUCUAAGCUGCCUCACUCGUCUACCAUUUUCGUGGAGUCCGGUAGUUUCUGAGAAACCAAGCAGUUUUGAGUUCAGAAACUGAUUCUUUAAAAGGAAGAAGCAAAGUUUGGGAUCAGUGGGGAUUUUGAGAGAAUUGGAAUUGCAAACUAAUGGGGCAUUUCUCCACCAUGUUCAAUGGGCUGGCAAGGUCAUUUUCCUUCAAGAAAGGUAGGAAUUCCGGGAAUCUAGGUGAUGAAGGAGGAAGAGAAGCAGCGAAAGCCAUGGCAAAGGAUGCAAAAAAGAAAGACUUGAUACUACGAACCUCCGGUGUUCUCAAUGCAGAAGGUUCAGAUAACUUUGCUUCGGUUUUCUCGAAAAAAGGUGAAAAAGGAGUAAACCAAGAUUGCUGCAUUGUAUGGGAGGAAUUUGGAUGUCAAGAAGACAUGAUAUUCUGUGGGAUCUUCGAUGGGCAUGGACCGUGGGGUCAUUUCGUCGCAAAGACGGUAAGAGAAUCAAUGGCGCCGUCGUUGUUGUGCCAUUGGCAGCAGGGACUUGCUCAAGGUUUUCUCGACCCGGAAUUGGAUUCAGAAAAGAAGCACCAGCGAUUUGAUAUAUGGAAGAAUUCGUAUUUAAGAACUUGUGCUGCUAUUGAUCACGAACUCGAGCAGCACCGUAAAAUUGAUACGUUUUACAGCGGAACAACUGCCCUGUCCAUUGUUAAACAGGGCGAACUAGUCGUUGUAGCCAAUGUAGGUGACUCUCGAGCCGUUUUGGCUACUACAUCAGAUGAUGGAAGGGUAGUUCCGGUUCAGCUCACUGUUGAUUUCAAACCGAACCUACCUCAGGAGGCCGAGCGGAUAAUCCAGUGCAACGGGAGGGUGUUUUGUUUAAGUGACGAACCGGGAGUUCACCGGGUAUGGCUUCCCGACGAGGAGUCACCCGGAUUGGCAAUGUCGAGAGCCUUUGGUGAUUAUUGUAUAAAAGAAUUUGGACUCAUUUCUGUGCCAGAAGUGACACAUAGAAACAUAACCAGCAGAGACCAGUUCAUUAUACUGGCAACUGAUGGGGUAUGGGAUGUUGUCUCCAACCAAGAAGCUGUGGAGAUUGUUUCGUCAGCACCGGAAAGAGCGAAAUCAGCAAAACGACUGGUCGAGUGUGCGGUUCGGGCAUGGAAACGGAAGAGACGGGGCAUUGCAAUGGAUGACAUAUCAGCUAUCUGCCUCUUCUUCCACUCCUCAUCAGAGCAAGAAGAUGGCCUUGUAUCCACGCCAUAGGAGAAGAGCAAAUAAGCAAAAACAAAUUACUUCUCAUUCCAAUUGUAAUAUCUUCAGUUUUAGCAGUUCAAUAGAAAAAGGCCCAAUUCUUCUUGAUCUGUUUCUUUUUAGCAUUUCAAUUAGUUUCUUUGAAAGACUUGGGGG